GACACUUAAUUCUAUCCUGUCAGGGAAGUUUACAUAUAUUUCCAUUCGAUGAUCCGAAAUGUUCAUUUUCUAUGGAAAGCAUUUCGUAUGAAGAGGCCCAAAUAAAAUACGUUUGGAAAAACGAUGAGGAUACUUUACGCAAAAGUCCCUCAUUGACGACAUUAAAUGCAUAUUUGAUAAAAAAUCAAACAACUGCCUGUGAUCAAAAUAGCUGGAGAGGGAACUACAGCUGUCUUAGAGUCGAUUUAAUAUUUACCAGAGAUCGAGCAUUCUAUUUCACCACCGUUUUUAUACCUGGCAUUAUAUUGGUGACGUCAUCAUUUAUAACAUUCUGGUUAGAAUGGAAUGCUGUACCGGCUAGAUCCAUGAUAGGUAAUUACAGUUGUCUACAAGUUGAGUUAACAUUUACCCGUGAUCGUGCGUAUUAUUUUACAACCGUUUUCAUACCUGGCAUUAUAUUGGUGACUUCAUCCUUUAUUACCUUCUGGCUGGAAUGGAACGCAGUGCCAGCCAGAGUUAUGAUCGGUGUAACAACAAUGUUGAAUUUUUUCACAACAUCCAACGGUUUCCGCAGCACACUACCAGUGGUCUCAAAUCUUACAGCAAUGAAUGUAUGGGAUGGAGUUUGCAUGUGUUUCAUUUACGCCUCCCUACUGGAAUUUGUUUGCGUCAAUUAUAUGGGACGUAAGCGGCCACAGCACAAUGUAGUCUAUCGACCCGGAGAGAAUCCUGUUACACAGCGUCUUCCAGCGGUUCUAAGCAGGAUUGGAGUCAUUCUUGCAAGUCCUUUGGAAAUAAUAGAACGAGAAUUUCAUGCUGCUUUAUCGUCUGAAAAGGCUGCAGCAGGACUUUCGAGUGCUGGAACAAGUAUGGGUGUAACGCCAGCAACACCAGCUACCCCAACAUCUGAACCUAUGACACGUGUUCACUUCUACCAAGAGCCAUCGGGAGGAAUAAUUGCUACAGCUGUUCAGAAUCUACGAUCCAGAUCCAUUAAACGAAGAUCGAAUGUUGUCAAACCGGAAGAGGUGGCCACCAGAGAAGUACCUAGUCAUGUGUACGAACACGUUUACACAGAACCCGGUGGUGUGACAACAUUUUCAGCUGUACCUUCAAUUACAACUACAACUGUUACCAUUGAAAGUGAUACCACCGAUGAUGUUGCCGAACAACCUAAAUUACGUCGCACCCAAUCAAUGUCAACCAAUACGCCACCUUUGAUUUGUAAAGGUGAAAUACAAACGGAUAUAAAUGGUGACACCAAAACUGAGCCGGAACCCAAGCAAAUGGAUGUUGAGCAAAUGCCUAUAAAACCACCUCGUAAGAAGACAUCUCGCUCAACUUCUCCCAGUUCACAAUACGAUGCAUUACAAAGGGAAAUAGCCGGAAUGAUGGAAAUUUCCGGAACCGGUAAUCUUGGUGAAAAGAAACGUGAUGCCGGUGGACCCAAUGAAAUUGUUGCUUGUACCACAUGUGGCGGAAGUAGUGGCAGUCCUUGUACACAUUCAGCCAAUAAUGGUUGUGCAACAGAGACUUGCUUUGUACAAGUACGCAAGAAGGAACCUCCACAUCCAAUACGUAUCGCAAAAACCAUAGAUGUAAUUGCUAGAAUUACAUUUCCAACAGCAUACGCCAUUUUCUUAAUAUUUUUCUUUGUACACUAUAAAGGAUUUUCAUAAAAUUAUAAAAUAAAGCAAAACAAAAAAUUAUUAAAACAAAAAAAAAAGAAAUAAAUUACAAAAUAACAAAGUCAACACUAAAAAUGCUGUUUAUUUUAACGUAAAUCACUGCAAAUAAACUAAAAACCAAAACGACAAUUAAAAAAAAAAAGUAAUUAACAAACUGCGAAAUAAAAAUUUAAAUAUAUAACGAACAAAAAAAUAAACGCAAGAUAUUAAUAAUAAUUGAAAAAUAUUACAAACAAUUAAUAAAUAUCUACAUAUGCAAAAUUCCAAAAGAAAAAACUUAAUUGAAAUACAACCCCCCUCCAUGCCCCACGAAAACCGAAUUCUUAAUAAAACGAAAGAAAAACAUAUUUUUUAAAACAUCUUGAGAAAUUCAUAUAAAUGCAUUUUCUUAAUUUUAUUAAAAUAGAGAACCUAUUACAAAAUUAUACUAAAUAUCAUAAUUAACAAGUUUAGCAAAUUUUUUUUAUUAAAAAAAAUAAAACAGAAAAAUCAAGCUCAAGUUAGGGUGAACAGCUCAGGAAUAAUUUAAAAAUGUUCGAGCAAAAACCAAAAAAAAAAUUAAAAAAAAAAUAUUUUUUACAUUAUUUUGAAAGCUUAUUGUUAAUUAAAUGGAUUUAUUUUAAAUAUUUAUACAAAAUCUCGUAGAUUGGCAAAGAAAUUUGUUACGUUAUGAUCAACUGAUCAAUAAAUUUGAUUGCAGCAACUAAAUCUGUUUCUUAGUAUUGACACAAAAUUUCUGUUGGUUGCGCCUAAUGUAAUUCAUAUGAUAUUUAUUUCUAGCAACAGAUAUUCGUUAAAAAUAUUAGUUUAUUAUGAGGAAAUCGCCAUUUUUUUAUUUAAAUUCAAAUUAAAAAUGCAUUUAUAUGAAUUUACUCCCAUAAUGUGCUAAAAACAACAUAAAUAGUGAAUUAAAAAAACUUCAUUUAAGCUCAAAAAAAUAAUUGAAAAAAAAGCCAUAAAUGCACCAUUCUAGUAAAAUUUUCAUUAAAAUUAUAAAUAAAAUAAAAGAAAAUUCUUUAAAUAAAACAAACAUAAAAACAAAUUAUUAAAAAAUAUUAAUUAAAUUAUUUACAUUCUAAGCAUUAAUUUUAACAAGUAACAAAGGGAAACACAAACAACGUGAUAAAAUAAUAUAUAAAUUAAACAAUUAUAUAAAUAAUUUAAAAAUAACAACAAAAAACAACAAAUAAAUUUGAAAUUUAUGUAAAAACCCUACCCUCCCCCCAUUAUUAUGUAAUAAAUUGUAAUAUUAUUU